AAAGCACUUCCGCCGCCGUCGUUUUAACGCGUUGUUAUGGCAACGCGUGAACCCGCUGUUUGUUGUUCAACUUCACGUUAGCUGGUUAUUUAACACGUCUUAAGUCACCUUAAAUUAAACAGCUGUCGUCGUACUCAUGGCCCAUUACAGAGCCUCAGAGUCGAAGCGGGAACAAUUUAGAAGAUAUCUUGAAAAGUCUGGGGUCCUCGACACGAUAACCAGCGUUCUAGUGGCACUUUAUGAAGAGACUGACAAACCUAACAAUGCACUGGAUUUCAUAAAGCUUCACCUCGGUGCGGCUGGUCCAGAGCCGGCAGACGUUGAGACUCUUCGCAUGGAGCUGGCUGAUCUACAACAGAAAUGCAACCUGCUCAUGGAGGAGAAUAAAGAGCUGAGAAACAGGCUGAUGCAGUACGAACAAUCGCCUGAUAAUGGAGCAGCAGAGUGAAGAUCUGUUGUUGCUUUCUGGGGUAAAAAAAGAAAAGAAAAACAUUAAACAAUAUCGCUUUUUGAAGAAUAUGUAUAUGUUUAUUACAUAAUAGUGGAUGUACGGUGACCACAGAAUAUUUUUUGUUAACAUUUUGCUUUGUCAUCAAUAAAAAUGUUUGGUUUUUUUUAGCA